GAUCUCUGCACAAACACACUGCGCGCGCUCCUGCACAGAGCGACCUGCCGUUAACGCACGCACUCACUCACGCGCUCGUCAAGUGUAAGUGCACGCGGACCGAGAGGAGGUGCAAACUCGGGGACACGCCAUGUACACAACGACAGAGACCUAAAGAUAUGAAUGCACCGGGGAUUUAAACAACAACAAUAUAAAUAUAGAACGGAAACGGUUCCGGAAAUCCCACGCGGGUGAAGUGACAUGGCAUGAUGUCCACGCAGAGCGCGUGAGAGGAGAGCUGGCGCUUCAGCACGCCGCGGAUACACUCAGGGAAUCUGGUGUCCGAAAAGAGAAGAGAAGAAAACCUUGGAUACGCGUUGCUUUUAGACUUUAGCGCAGGAGCUGCUGUGAAAUUCUUAUAAAAAAAAUUAAAAAGCUGCUCGCGCACGGGUGGAAGGAGGAGGAACCGGGGGGCAGCGCCGCGGCGGCGGGACCGACUGGAGCCGAGAGAGAGAGAGAGAGAGAGAGAGAGUAAAAAUAAACGCCGACUCUCUCUCUCUCUCUUCCUCGUGACAUUUAAAAACGCACCGGCACGAGGAGAGGACACAUCCGGGUCUCCCUGUGCACGCAACGCACGCGGGUGGGAAGUCUCCGUCCCAUGUCGCGCGCAGCCACAGAGACUGUCACCAAGAGAGAGAGAGAGAGAGAGAGAGAGAGAGUCUCCCGUGUCGCUAUGGUGACCGAUUGAACUGAGGGAGACUCGCGCGCACAGGAGGAGGAGGAGGAGGAGGGUGACGGAGAAAAGAGGCUGCACGAGACGAGACGGGUUUAAACUUUGUUUUUGUUUUUUUGUUUCUUUUUUUUAAAGAAAGAGUUUGUCUGAGGAUUGCGUCACUUUUUUAUUUUUGUUUUUUGGGAAACUUGUUCCGAGCGCGAGGAGAAAUACAGAGAGAGAGAGAGAGAGAGAGAGGGAGAGAGAGAGGGAGAGAAGGAGAGUGCACGCGCGUUCCAUGCAACUCCGGUUCCAGGUCAUUCAAACCGCGCCGCUGUGUUCAGAAGAACUAAGCUGCCGUCCCGCUUGGACUACUAUUUAUGCUGCGCGCGCGCGGAUCUGGGAGCGUACGUUAUUAAAUCACCCCCCUCCCUCUUCUUCUUCUUCUUCUUCUUCUUCUUCUUCUUCAUUACCGAUAUUUAAUCGCCAUGCGACUAUCCCGCGCGCUGCUGCUCGUGUGCGCGCUGCUGACGCUCGUGCUGCUGGUGUGCGCGCGCCGCGGCGCAGACGCCGCUCACCGCUACCUGAGGCUUCGCCCUUCUCCGAGCGAGCACCUGCCCGUACCGGACCUGAAGGAGGACCCGGACCCGGAGUACGACCCGCGCGAGCAGGACCUGUCAGAGCGCGCGCUGCGCAAGAAGCUGGGAAGCGGCUUCGACGGCGACUUCAUGUCCGUGAGCGCGCCCGCGCAGCUGCUCGUCAUCAACGCCUCCACCAGCACCAGCACCACCACCGCGAGCCCGGGUUCCUCCUCCGCCUACGCGCACGCGCCCAGCGGCGCCAUGCCGGCCGAGAUCAGGAGGCUGGACCUGACGCAGACGCCAUACGGGCUCCGCGUGAAGAUGGGCAAGAAGGCGCGGAGAAAGUUCCUGCAGUGGCUGUGGACGCACACGCACUGCCCCGUCGUCCACGUGUGGAAGGACCUCGGCGUGCGCUUCUGGCCGCGCUACGUCAAAGAGGGGCACUGCUUCAGCGAGCGCUCGUGCUCACUGCCCGAGGGCAUGUUCUGCAAACCGGCCAAGUCCGUCACCAAGACGUUCCUGCGCUGGUACUGCCAGGGCUUCCUGCCCCAGAAAUACUGCACGUGGAUCCCCGUGCACUACCCCAUCAUCUCUGAGUGCAAGUGCUCCUGCUGAGUCCGCGCGCGCGCGCGCGCUCUGGGUGUGUGUGUGAGUGUGUGUGUGUGUGUGAAAGAUAAUUCAGUAAUAUGAAUAGGAGAGAAAGAGAAAGUAGGAGAGAAUGCGCGCGUGCGUGUGGGCGCGUUCACGCGACACCUCUGUGAAGAUGCACGGACUGAAGGGUGCUCUUCUGAUAACAAACAAUAAAUAAUAGUCAUUAUAAUAAUUAUAGUAAUAAUAAUUUUAUUGUUGCACUGUGUUCUCGAGAACUGAAAAGUGUGUGUGUGUGUGUGUGGGUGUGUGUGCGCGCGCGCGCACGUGUGUGUGAGGCGCCAUAUAGCGAAUCUAUUUUUUUAUAUAUAGCAUUUUGAUUUUAAAAUGAAAUAAUAAUAUACCUGUACAUAUUUAAAAGAAAAAAGAAGGAAAGGAUGCAGCUACUAUUGUUAUUGUUAUUGUUAUUAUUAUUUUGUUGUUGUUGUUGUUGUUGUUGUUGUUGAUGUUGUUGUGUUAAAUGAGCAGGACCACGCGCGCACAGAGGAGAACUUUUCCGGAAGUGCUCUUGUCCCGGAAGUGCUUUAACUGACUGACUGACUCACUGCCAUGCUGCCUACAGCUUUUAUAUCCUAUUAAUAAUCAGUAAUAAUAAUAAUUAUAAUAAUAAUAAUAACAAGAAUGAUUAUAAAAUGGAACAUUAAGGAUGAAAUUCUAUAUUUUAAGCGUGAAUUAAGUAUUUUGUUGUUGAAAAAAAUGGAAUAGUAUUUUAGUAAACAGAAUGUGUCAUGUUUAUUUAUUGUUGUAACUUGUGUUGCGUGUAGAGACAGAAGUAAAGCGAAACCAGAGCACAAAGCUAUCAGUGUAAAAAUGCCUUGGAGACACAGUUUAGCAAUAAAAUCUCUCUGAUCAAGUGGA